UUAAGAUUAUUUUUACAUUCUUUAUAUUCCUCAAGCACCUCAUUUACUCCAUGCUGCCUAUAAUUAUUGUAGAUCUCUCUCUUUUUCCAAACCAAGUGUCCAAUUUCCCUUGAAAACCAUGGCUCUUUCCAAUUUUUACUAUUUCCUUUCAACCGAACAGGGACACAAAGAUUCUGUACUCUUAAAAUUUCACCUUUAAAUGUCCUCCAUUUCUCUUCCACAUCUUUCCCAUAAAACAAACUGUCCCAAUUUACUCCUUUUAAAUCCUUUCGCAUCUCCUCAAAGUUAGCCUUUCUCCAAUCAAAAAUCUCAACCCUAGGCCCAGUUCUGACCCUCUCCAUAAUUAUAUUGAAACUAAUGGUAUUGUGAUCACUGGUCCCGAACUGUUCCCCAACGCAUACCUCUGCCACCUGACCCGUCUCAUUUCCUAACAGGAGGUCCAGCACCACCCCUUCUCUAGUAGGUACUUCUAUGUAUUGCUGCAAAAAACUAUCCUGCACACAUUUUGCAAACUCCAACCCAUCCAGCCCAUUUACAGAAUGUGCUUCCCAGUCUAUGUGUGGAAAAUUGAAAUCUCCCACAAUCACUACCUUGUGCUUACUAAUAUCGGCAAUCUCCUUACACAUUUGCUCUUCCAAUUCUCGCUCCCCAUUGUUAAAGACAAUGUUAAAGAUUAUACUGAUUCCUUCUGUAUGAAUUAAUAUUUUAUAAAUAUCUAAUGAUGCACGAUGUUAUGUAAUUGGCAGUCAAACCCAGAGAUAAAGUACAGUUUUGAGUAAUUUCCACUGUUUCUCUUCAUCUGUAUCGGUGACAGCUCAUAAUUGAGCUUACUAAAUUGUGGUUGUUAUAUUUGUUUCUUGCUUGGUGCAGAUAUAAAAUAUAAAGAGAGAUGUAAAAAAAUGAUGCCGAGCAACUCUCGUUCAGUUCUUUGAGCUGCUGAGUGCUUAAAUCUGAUGCGUGGUUUUGCAUUCCGGUGCUGUACUAAUUAAAAUAGUGUAAAGAUGCAGGUUGUGGGAAUGUUUGGGCGGUGUCUGGAAUACGAACCGUAUAAUCACUGACAGAAGCAAAGAUGAUAGCAGUAUCUUUGGCCAGAAGCAAAGGGUGAACUCUGCACAACCGUCGCAUGGAAGUGACGAGGAGAGCGGAAGUGGCGGUUCCGCUGGGCAACAUGGCGGAGGAGGUGGAUGUGGAUAUUGAAGGAGACGGAGCUGAGCUCGGUCUCGGUACGGACAGUGGUGCAGUACCUGGGUUCCUGCAGGACCAUUAUUUGGAUUCCUCCUGGAGAAGCAACAAUGGCAUUCUGUCCUGGACUUUGGAUAGUUCUCUUAGUGAAGAGAAUAGAGCAACUAUUGAGAAGAUGUUACAAGAAGAAGAGUAUUACCUAACUGGGAAAAAACAUCCACUAAGCAACUGGUCUGAUCACCCAGAGAAAGAGAAAAUAUCUGUCAAAAGCAUUCGUCAAAGAAAAACUGUGAAAAACCGGAGUCCUGCAACAGCAAGCUAUUCCUGGCCGACCCGAUGGACACCAAAGGAAAAAGAUCUUUUUGAACAAGGGCUGGCCCAGUUUGGUCGACGUUGGACAAAAAUUGCAAAGCUGAUUGAAUCACGGACAGUUCUGCAGGUGAAAAGUUAUGCCCGGCAGUAUUUUAGGAGUAAGGCAAAAACUGAAACAUCUGUGACAGAGGCAACUAUCUGGACUCCUAAAACAAUGUUUGCUUCUGAUAAUGAAGCCAGACAUUUGAAGAUAGGACCAGAGUACGGUGGCUCUACGGCAUUACAAGGUCAGGUUUUUCCCACUAUCAAUGCUGUUAAAAUUGAGCAUAUGUCUGAUGAUGAAGAUGUGGAUGUCUUGGAUGAAACAGAUAGUGACUGUGAAGGCCUUCCGGAGCACAAAGAAGCAAAAACUCAAUUUGAUUCAAAGAUGAAUGAACCCGAGGGGAAUAGUCAAGGUUACAGUGUUUCUGGACCAGAUGAAUCUUUGCUUAUUUCCUCCACUCCUGCUGUGACCUUGCAAUCGUGUCUUCAGAUUUUAGAUGAACAGGAAAUAUCCAAUGAUAUUAAGACAUAUAGUAGUAACACUGACAAUAUACUGUCUACGAUUGAUGACAGUAAAGAAAAUGAAACAACACUAAUAGCAGCCAAGGAAGACUUUUUGGGCUGCACCAAUUGUGACCAUGCUCUGGAUACGAUGAGUGAAGAAUUAGUAAAGCAAGUACCAGAAUUUCUAGAAUUUAAGCAAUUCGAAGAAAAGGAAUUUCAAAAUGAUAAUUGUGAAUAUAAUGUGGCAGAAUCGGUUUGUGAAAUGGAAGUGGAUGAAGAGAUCUGUGAUAGUGAAGAAGGGGAGAUAUUGAAACCCCCUGCACAAGAAGUAAUAUUGGACAAAAAUUUGAUUACAAAAUAUGAGAAACAGGCUAUUCCUGAGUUUUUUGAAGGCCGAUCAUCAAAAACACCAGAACGCUUUCUGAAAAUACGCAACUACAUCCUGGAUCAGUGGGACAAAUGUAAACCCAAAUACCUGAAUAAAACAUCAGUGCGUCCUGGGCUGAAAAACUGUGGAGAUGUGAAUUGUAUUGGACGGAUACACACGUACCUGGAGCUAAUUGGAGCUAUAAAUUUUGGCUGUGAACAAGCAGUAUAUAAUCGACCACGGCCUGCAGAUCGAACCCGCAAUAGAGAAGAAGGGAAGGACAGUGUACAGACCUACAUGCUUGCUCAGAGAUUGCAGUCAAUGCGUACCAGAAGACGACGUGUGCGAGACCCUUGGGGGAAUUGGCGUGAAGCAAAGGAUUUGGAGGGACAAACCUUUGAGCAUCUCACGGCAGAAGAACUGGCCAAAAGGCAUAAAGAAGAGUUGAACAAAUCUCCCAAACCACCAAGAGGACCACGUCAAUUGAGGAGCUCUUUAGAUCCUUUCCAGCUGAUUCCAUGUCUCUGCUUCAGUGAAGACAAACUGGAGCCAUUUCAGGUGAAGGUAGCUGCGGAGGCAUUGCUCGUGAUGGAUAUGCAUGCCCAUGUGUCCAUGGCAGAAGUAAUCGGCCUAUUAGGUGGCCGAUAUUCUUCAGGGAAGGGAGUAUUAGAGAUCUGUGUGGCAGAGCCAUGCAACAGCCUGAGCACAGGACUUCAGUGUGAAAUGGAUCCGGUAUCACAAACUCAAGCAUCAGAGGCUCUAGCUGGAAGAGGAUACAGCAUUGUUGGAUGGUACCAUUCACAUCCUGCAUUUGAUCCUAAUCCAUCUUUAAGGGAUAUUGACACCCAAGCUAAGUAUCAGAAUUAUUUUUCCCGUGGAGGAGCUCAAUUCGUUGGAAUGAUAAUCAGUCCAUAUAAUAGUAGCAAUUCUUUGCCUUAUUCCCAAGUCACAUGCCUUAUAGUUAGUGAAGAACUCAGUGCAGAUGGCAGUUUCCGCCUUCCAUAUAAGUGCGAGUUGAAUCAGUUGAAUGAAGAACCUCUCUGGGUGCAGUUGAUAGAUAAAGCACGAUGGAUAAUGGAGAAGUACAAACUAUCCCUCAGCAGUGUUCCAAUGCUCAGAAUGUUUCACAGAGAUUCCAAUUUGACAUGUCUGCAAAAGCUGCUUGAAUCCAUGAGGAAAACAUUGGAAAAUCAGUGGAAUACUGCAGUCACAGAAGAGUUUCUGGCCCAGAUUGAGGAUUUGUUCCUGUCAGGUUUUACUGUCGAAGACAAGAACAAUAAAUUUGAAACUAUUAUGGAGCGUCCAGUGGAAUCAACUAAUUAAUUAAUUCUGCGUGUAUUUGUCAGGUAUCAGUACCUGACGCUUCACUUUCAAAAAAGAAACAACAUUGAAAAAUCUAGCAGCAUUUUAAGAAAGGUAAUUAGAAAUACCUGUGAAAGAGCAGAAGAAUUUUCAGUACAAUUUGGUUUGUUUGUUGAAGGAAAUUAGAUAUCAGGGAAAGUCCAUCAUAUUUCCCUGGGACUCAAUCUACAUUUUAAAAAAGAUUAAUAGAUUGAUCUUUACUUGGAUUUUACUAUAAAAAAAUUUAAAGGCAUGCAAUUUUCCCUAUGAAAUAGAGUGUGAUCACUCAUAAGAUCAUAAGGAAUAGAAUCAGAAUUAGGCCAUUUGGCCCAUCAAGUCUACUCCACCAUUCAAUCACGGCUGAUCAAUCUUUCCCUCCUAACCCCAUUCUCCUGCCUUCUCCCCAUAACCUCUGACACCUGUACUAUUCAAGAAAUCUAUCUACUGGGCCGUUUAUAGAGUGGCUUAUUUGGGAACAACAAACUGGGUUCUGGGAAAUAGCUGGACCCUGCGAUCUAGACAAGAAAAUCUAAAUCCAAGUUAUUUGAAAAUCUACAUCCAAAUGUGGCCAACUGUCAUAUUUUGAAUUUGAACGUGUCCCUCUGAGACAUUUCUGUCAUUUUAACUGGAAUAUCAAAGCUAGCAAGGCUUUCUACAAAGAUCUCAAUGGCACAAGUCAGUUUUAUCCAGUUAAAAAAUAUUUUAAAUGACUGCAAUUCUUUUUAAAGGAACAAAUAAUUUAAGGAGGAUUUCCACAGAUGUUUAGUGCCGUAAUGUUGCACCGAGAGUUUCUCUAGUGUCUUGAAAUGGCAUCAUUUCUCUUUCAAAAACAAGAUAGGGUUUUGAGACAAAGUGUAUAACAUUUGGAACGAUGAGCCUCUGGCUUCAGCUCAUACAAUGGCAUGUGGAAUCUUGCUACUGAAAUCUGGCCUGUUCGCAGAAGAAUACGUUUUAAUUUGUUGUUUGUACUGCAAUCUGACAUGGCAGUUGUAUGCUUAUCCAGAAUUGACCGUCUGUCAUAUCUGCUUCUCCGAAUAAUAGUCAAGAUGUUACUUUAUCCUUUUUCUAUGCAUCAGAAAGAAUAGGUAAUACAAUUUACAAUAAUGUUACAGAUAAUUCUUAGUUAUAUGAGUUCAUAGGAAUUAGUAGCAUUAGGCCAUUCAGCCCAUCAAGUCUACUCCACCAUUCAAUCAUGGCUGAUCUAUCUCUCCCUCCUAACCUCAUUUUCCUGCCUUCUCUCCAUAACCUCUGACAACUGUGCUAAUCAGAUUUCAUUUCAGAAUUAAGAUAGAUGCAAAAGGUAAAAUAAUAAAGAUGACAGGUUGCAUACUGACAAUACCAAUGUCAGAUGUGCUGACUGACAAUAUGAUCCCAAAUGAUCCCAGCUAAAAGAAAUAUACCAUUUAUUGCAAAAUAAUCAAAACAACUGUCACCAUGUAAAAUAUUCAACAUCAUGAAUUACAUUGUAUUAGUAUUUGCUGUGACUGAAUGAGCUUUCCUUGAUAUCUUUGAAAUAAUUUUGGAUUCUGAACUGCUGUCCCAUGGUUGCACAGAUGGAUACCUCUUUAAAAGUCCUGGUGGAAAUUAUUGCUUUACGAGGCAGGGAAAUUAAUCAUCAAUAGAUACCACAUAAACUAGCUGCGUAAUUUCUUGGUAUAACCACAGUAAUUCUGUCACAGUUAUUAAUCAAGCUACCCAACGGCAGCGGUUGUUAUGCAUGCCAGUUGUUAACAUAGACAUCUGCUGCCUUCGCAAAAAAAACUCACUGAAAAUUAAAGAUAAUGUAACUUAAAAGCAAUUGACUUAGAGUCUGCAGUGUGGGGGGUUCUGGAAUUUAAUACUGCUUUAUUAUGAAAUCCCUUUGGAUUCUUGCUGCUAAAUAGUUUUAAUUGCUGGUAGUUGGCAGUAGUUUUUAGAUGCAGAAAGAUAACCACUGAUAAAUGUUCUGUUAUGAACAUAACAUAACUCCAAAUGUAUUUUUACCUUUUCACAAUGAGUUUACUGGCCUUUAAAAAUGUGCUAACCUGAGAGUUCAAAAUUGCUAAAUUGAUUAAAAGAUUUAGCAUGAAAACAAGCCCUUCGGUCCACCGAGUCCAUGCCAACCAUUGAUUACCCAGUCACACUAGUUUUAUGUUAUCCCAUUCUUGCAUUUCCCUCAAUUUGGGUCCACCUGUACUUCACUACCUUAAUUGUAACAGGAAACAAGCUAUAUAUUUUUAUAAGAAUUAUAGUUACUCCAAUAUAUAUGUAGCAACCAACAUUUAUAGUACUUUUUUUAUCACAGUUUUUCUGUGUUUGUGCCAGAAGGUUCAGUGCAUCUCCAAUAUAUCUGCUUUAAUGUUAGUUAAUGGAUUAGGACUGUUCAAAGAAAUCAAAGAAUGGCCAUUUAACUUUAUGCUCAUGAGGUUUAGCAUAAUUUGUUAUGGUAUGUAAAUGGAAAAACUUUUACCAAUUUAAAUAUCUUGUUUAUCUUCCUAUUCAUUACACAAUCCAGAUAGUCCUAAUCAAAACAGCAUGGAAAAUACAAAAUUGAAUUACUUCAUGUAAAAUGCAAUUUGCAAAAUGUUUAAAAAAAAAUCAGAAUGGCUUCUGCAGACUUCAAAGAAGUAGUUAUACUUCCUUUGAUUCACAAUGACUUGGAAGUAAAAUAAUGACAGACUAAAUUUAUUCCACUCGAUGAAACAAUCAGUACAAAAAGCUUUCAUAUCUUGGUGCAUUGUUUUGCAUAAUAUUGUUUUGCAUAAUCUCAUAGUUCAAAAGCCAUGUAAGCAAUUUAAAAUUUGCUCUUGUGGUUUGACUUUUUAUAUUUGUUUGUGUUAAAUUCUUAAAAUACCUCCGUUUUUUUUCUAGAUCUCUUUUUAUAGUAUUUGACAGUCCAUAUUUCUCUUUUGAUAAAUGCCGCAGUUUCAAAAUGUGGACACACCAAGUUGACCGAGAACAGUGUCAUGGGUUAAUUCAACAACAAUGGGUUAAUUCAACAAGUGGCUACUGCUGUUUAACAAAUCACUCAGUCACUCAGACACUAUCACAGGUUCUAGUCUCCUUUAUUGGAAAUAUAUAUGACUAGUCUCCAAGAGGAAACUCACAAGAUAUACCAAAGCUCACAAAGGAAAAGUGUAGAGAUUCUAAAAACAAACAAGACACAAGAAAUUAGUAUUUCGAAAAUCUAUGCAGAUAACAUUAAGUGAGCUACUUGCCGAAGUAUUUAGUCACAGCUUGAGCCAAAGCAAAUCCAACGAUCACAAAGCAGUGGGGAAUAUUGAAUUGAUUUUCAUUUUUGAUCCAAGGCAGCAAUUUACAAGAGUUCUUAUGAAUCGGGGAAAUAGAUGGUAGCAAAUCAAGUUGGAGCUGAGCUACCAUCUAAUGUUCUGUUUUCAAAUUAUGAUAUAUGGUUCAUGGAUAUUCUGCAUACAUUUGUUUCAUAUAAUUUUUUCACUUAUUGCUCAAGUUGCUAUGCAUUGUUUUUAGUUAAAAUCAAAGUAGAAAGAAUUAUAUUGACAAUGUUAAUGCAUGGUAACAUACUAUAAACACUUUUCCAGAGCAUGUCCAUAAUUUUCAUAGUUAAAAUAUAUUUGACCAUUUGUGAGGUUGAAGUCAAAAGUAUAUGCAGGAUAUGUGAUCAUACAUGUGCACAGCUCUAAUUUAGAAAAGGUUCUUUAAUAUAGCUUGUUGCAGUUUUAUGGUGUAAGUAAAAAUGACAAUUUAAUGAGUUACAAUUUAAAAUACAGGAUUAAUAAAUCAGUUUUGUACAGUAUUAUUGUAUUCUACCUGUUUAGUUAAUAUUUUGUAUGAAGCUACAUUUACUACCAAUAAGCAAUGUUUAUUGUCUGUAUAUAUUGUCUUCUCUGUGCUAUGAAUAAUUGUGUCUAUAAAAAUAAGACGUGGGAUUCUUUUUAAAUGUUUGAUCAUUAUUAAACUGUUUAAGCUAA